AUGGAUCUGAAAUCUCUAUUCAAUCUGCUCGAGUACAUGCACGCCGCAUGGUGGCUCUGGGUAUCUACGUUAAGAUCUGCACUACAGCGAAGUCGGCCCAUCCCCCGUCCCACAGCGCACGAACAGGAUGUAUGCUCUGGCAUAUCUUCUUCCACUGGAUCUAUAUCUGGCCGUACAGAUGGUUGGGAUAUCGUUGAGACCAUCGCAAGCAUAGUCGUUGGGCCCAGGUAUCAGGUACCAUUCACUUGCAUCCAUAGGGCAUUCUGCGCCCAGGCAUCUGCGGUUGGCGAGCACACAGCAGUCAUGGAUUAUUUGGGGAACCAAAUCACGUACAAAGAGCUAGAGUUGAACUCUGCACGACUCGCACUGGCUCUCUAUGCGCACGGAGUCGGCCGUGGGACCCGUGUUUGCCUUGUGUCCACUCGAUCCAUCUCUCACGUGGUAGCUAUCCUCGCUACUUUACGCAUCGGCGCAGCCUACGUUCCUCUUGAUGGUGAUAGCAUCACCAACUAUUCCUUGGAUGCAGUUUUGGAAGACGCGAAACCGGUACUCACAUUGAUCUCCAAGUGUCACAUCGACCGCACUGAGAUCGUCGCUGGCCGCUCAACGUAUCGUUGUCUGGAAGACAUCAUUGAAGAAUCACGAGUAGCGGAUAUCGAAAUCUCUUCUCUGUUUAUGUUGGAAGAUAAUGUUCUUCCGUCAGACUGCGCUUACAUUAUAUAUACAUCCGGAACAACUGGAAAACCUAAGGGUGUCAGUGUCAGCCAUACGAACGUUACUAACCUGUUAUGCUCUCCGCCGGGUAACCUCAGGAUCUCUCCAGGUGUACGCGUGGCUCAACUGCUAAAUAUUGCCUUUGACAUGUGCGUCUGGGAGACCCUGGGCUGCCUCUUGAAUGGCGGCACGCUUCACAUGCGCGGACCUCGUCGGGUAGACUGGCUGAAGAUUCUGAGGACAGUAGAUGUCGUUAUCAGCACACCAUCGAUACUCGCGUCUCAUGAUCCAGCGAAUUAUCCAAACAUUCGAGUGGUCGCUACUGCUGGAGAACCAUGCCCAGUGGCGCUUGCAGAUAAGUGGGGACAGAAUGCCACAUUUUACAAUUGUUGUGGGCCUACAGAGGUAACUAUUGUCAAUACCAUGCAUCACCACUCUCCCGGGACACCGUUGACGAUUGGAAAGCCAACGCCAAAUAACACGGUCUAUGUCCUUGACGACGACAUGCAACCUACACCACGCGGAAUGCCGGGCGUUAUGUGGGCUGGAGGUCCCUGUGUUUGUUUAGGAGGAAUGAUGUUCAAUACAGGGGAUAUCGGUCGAUUAAGACAUGACGGAGAGCUAGAUUACCUUGGUCGGAUUGAUGAUCAAGUAAAGAUCCAGGGUUUCCGUGUCGAGCUGGAUGGGGUGUCGGCGUCGAUACGCGCUUGUCCUGGUGUUGUUCACGCAUGCGCUGUGUUGAUUCGAGACGAAUUGUGGGCAUUCUACACGCCUAUAGAGGUGCCUGCGGACGCUGUUCAGGAUGUAGUGGCACAACUGCUCCCGAAAUACUCUCUGCCGAAUAGAUACAAAGCGCUGGCUGCAUUACCGUUAACCAGUAACGGAAAAAUCGACAAACGAGCAUUGCAGUUCGAUUUUGAGCAUGCGGAUUAA